GAGAGCGUGCGAGGGAUGAGUGCGUGUGAGAGCAUGCGAGGGAUAAGUGCGAGUGAUGUGUGCGAGUGAGAGCGUAAGAUUGGGGAAAAACAUAAUUAAGAUCAAUUUUUCUUCUUUUUCAGAAGCUAAUCAAAUGGUUAAGUCUUCAGCUGAGUUUUUCAAGGAUGCAGUGACAUACAUUCCUAAUUUUUGUAUUUAUAGGAUUGGCAUAGUUCGGGAUGUGAAUUCUUCUUUAUCUAUUUAAGAUAUCUUGAAUGGUAUUACUUGGUCCGGAGAACCUACCAAAAUAUAUAAAAUUGAAAGACUUAAAACUAAAAAUCCAUUAAAUCAAGAUGAACUGAUUGAUACUCAGACAAUUAAAAUCUGAUGAGUCAUCACUUUUACCUGAGACAAUUAAUAUCUGGAGGGUUAAACGACUUGUCAUGUCUUUUGUUAAUAGAGUCAGAAGAUGCCUCGUCUGCUCCAGGUGGAACCACUCUGCAUUUGCGUGCAGAGGGGUCACCACUUGUAGCAGAUGUGAUGAGGCACAUAAAACUGAGGGUUGCUAUAGUAUUUCAGUUAAAUGUACUAACUGUAAGGGUAGCCAUCAUGCAUUUGACACUUCUUGCCCGGUCUUUAAUUAUUUUAUGACAAUUAAUACCAUUAUGUCUUAUUGCAAUACUGACAGAAGACACGCUGUCAAGCUGAUGAAGGCUAAGGGUAUAACUUCGCCUUUAAUGGCUCAAAACGCUUUUAAGUCCGCCGCAUUCAAGGGCUGGUCCUUCAAUGGGUCUACUCUUUUAUCACACAAACCGAAGGUAUGUACUGUAUCUCAAAAUUCUGCUGCUGCCUCUAGAAAUAAACCAAUAAUCAGUAAUAAUCCUAUUAGACAGGAUAUUAAGAUUUCUAGAAACAAUCCUAAACGUUUACGUAUCAAUAGCGACCCAACUAUUCGAUCUCAUAACUCUUAUGAUUCCUUGACUAAUAUUAAUAAGAAAAUCAUUGUUUCUAAUAAAGACCCCCCAUCUAACCUUAAUCUUAACCCAGGUUUAGAUAAUGUAUAUCAGAAUAAAAAUUUGUAUAGGGAUACACAAUUUUCAAAUAUUAGUGAAUCCGUCUCCAGUCUUGGGGGAAUGUCAAUAAUUAACAGGAACGAUUUAUCAUUUAAUUUACAAGAAAAUUUUCAAGAAAUUAGAAGACAACCUUGCAGCCGCCAGCAGGAGCCGACGCUGCACCGAUCCGAGACCUCCGAAUCAACGUGGCGAGGAUGGACGAGGCGCCAAAGCAAACGCCGACACCGAAGCCGACGCCGACACCGAGGCCGACACCAACGCCGAGGACAACGCCGACGCCCAACUCGGACAUAUUAACUCAACCAGCAAGCCAGGCACCGACGGACGAGCCGAGGGAGGAUGACUAUAGAAACUAAACUCUGUGCGCGCAAAGACUAGAAACCGUGCAGUGUAAUUUUAAGUUUAAAUACAUAAGAUUAAUUAUUAAGUAUAUAUAUACAGUGUGUGGAUGUUACUAUGCGUAGAUUAAGUUAUAUAAAUAUAUUUUAGAUAGUAUUAAGUAUACUCGCAGCGGCGAAACCGCGUAGCAUUAUUAUUGCGUUAAAUUCGCGUUAGAUUUAUUAAUAAUAGUAUAUUCAUUGAUUGUGUUUGCAGCGGCAAGGAUCGCAUAUUAUAUUUAACGUUAGCAGUAAAGUCACAUUAUAUAUUGUAAUAAUAUUUUCAGUAUUCAUUAUAUUUACUUUAUUAUAGCGGCAAGACCGCAUAUAUAUAGUUUGUUUAACAUUAAAUUCACUUUCUUGUGAUGAUAGAUAUUAAUCUUAGGUUUGUUCAUAACGGCAAGACCGUACCCGUUCAUAUUAUGUAUUUAAUCAUAUUCUCUUAAUAUUUACAAUUAGAUAUGCGUUAGCGGCAAGUCCGCAUAAGUUUUGUAAAGAUUAUUAUAUUUAUAAGAAGUUUGUUACUGCGACAGCAAAAAUCGCGUCAUAUAUAUAUAUUUUAUAAAGGUUUAUAUAUUCAUGUUAACCAAUGUUCAUAUUUUUGUAUACGACAAGCGUCGUGAUAGUAAGCGGCGCAUCUCAAGCGCAACAGCGCGUAUAUUAUAUUCAUUUAUUUGUCGUGCGUGCAAAUAAACGCGUUAAAGCCCGAUUAAAACACUCUAUCCGUGAUACGCUGAGCCGUGCGAGCAUGCGUGAGAGAGAGAGAGUGAGCGGCGUGCGUGCAUGCAUAAAUAAUUAUAAGUUCAUAUUUGCAAUAAACGGCAAUGCCGUAAAUAAAGUUUUAUUUAAUUAUAUACUAUAUAUUAUUUGUCACGUUCCGAAAACGUCACUAGUAAACUCCUGUACUCUUCCUAGACAGAGACAGACAUAGCCGAGGACCGCGAGCGGCAUAAGACCCAUGAGGAUCAGGCAGCCGGCGUUUUGACAGAUUGAGGUUAGGUUGCCCAUGGUCAUACAUACGCGAUACGAUUAUCAUGUACGCGAGACGCAUAGAUCGCGAGAUAACGCUCGAGAUUCCCCAGACAGUAGUCCUCUACUUCAAUAUCCGAUGGUGGAAUACAAUUUACCACCUGUGUAUAACAAUAACAAUAUCGGAAGGACCGGAGGGAAUCGCGACCGUUCUCUGGCAGGUUUACGACGCUACGACAGGCGAACCGGAACGUUUUACGUAACCAACGCAUAAUCCUGCGUUAAUUGAUAUUAUACAUUAAUUAUUAAGUGACGCUUAAGGCGCGUUCACUUCAUGAAUGACACAGGUCCGUGAUUUUGUUUAACGCGCAUAUCGCUUGACGCGAGCGCAUGUUCUUUCAUUAUUUUAUGUUGUUUAAUGCCAAUUUGGGCAAUACAUUUAAUUUAAACGAUAAUUAAUCAUUUUGGGGACCUUAAGCCAUAAAGGCAGUCCGUGUGAACGGACCUGUGCCACCAAUAGCGUUGCGACAUUACUCGCUCGACGCUGUGGAUUUCUAACGCAGUGCGCAUGCGGUGCCACAGCAUCCGAGCGAGAACGAGAGUGAGUAUGAGUGAGAUACCAUUCGAUGCUCACCGAUUGGCGACAGACUACAGCCUGACAACAACAAGCCAAUCGGGGUGCACCGAGUGGUAGGGAUGCAUGGGAACAAGCGGCUCAGCGUCCCGACGCGAUAAAAGUCUGCAACGAGACGUCUUGGGAGACGGACGUGCGUGCGUGUUCGUUUUCCCGCGCGUUCUUGUUAACGUAUAAUUACGUGUCUAGUGCACAGGCAGUAACGGGCGCGACAAAUUCGUUCUGCGAUACAACCCGCGAGCCUUGCCAGCAGAUUCUUUCCGCGCUGUUAUUAAUCGCGAGCGCGUAAUAAAAUCGCGAGAUCUGCGUGCGCUAUGCGAGAGGCGAUGCGUAGACAAGUGAAUCACGACACACGCGUGGGCGAUUAGAAGCCGCAGUGUGAGUGUGUGCGCGAAUGUAAUAUAAAUCGAGUUGUGUGAAAACCCUGAAGCCUAUAAUUAUUCGUGCGACCCUAAAUUCCCAUCCUGGGCGAGCAUCCGUUAGUGGCGGGAGAUUGCGUCAUCCGACGCGCACCACGUAGCGAGACGUCCCAGAGGAUUCUAUCGACGCGGGGGUCCCAGCCAAGUCUGAGUGGACGUAAACAACGAGGACUUCCGCAUUCCAAAGCCGUGUAGGCGUAUUACAUCAUCCGGCCGACAAGACGAGAGGGCCGUGACCACACCCUGGCGGCGGGGCUGUACACCGACCUGGCGACCGUGUAAAAUGCUGAUGCAGCUAUCGAAGGAGCAACAGCGGACAGAUUAUUUACGAGAAUAAAAAAUUUGUUUGAAGAUUUUGGAGUGGUCAUGGAGAACUUGAUAGGAUUUGCCAGUGACGGUUGUAAUGUAAUGUUUGAAAAAUAACUCGGUUGCUCAAAAGUUACAAGAAGUGUGUCCAAAUAUUAUUACACUGAAAUGCAUUUGCCAUUUAUUGCAUCUUUGUGUGGCGUGUAAAAAACUUCCUCGAAGAUGUGAGGAUUCAGCCCUAGACAUUUAUUCAUUUUUUUAAUAGUUCAAAGAGACAGGCACAAUUUCAAGUUGAGAUAGAAAUUCAAGUUUUUUGCAAUGUAGAUAUUAAUAAAAUUUUGAAACCAUUACAGACACGAUGGUUGUCACUUUUAGCUGUAGUAGAAAGAAUAUUAGAACAGUGGAAACCGCUUCAACUCUUUUUUAGGUCCAGACUUUAUAAAGAACGAAUUAUGUCUGUUGAAAACAUACAUGUUGCUUUGAGCGAUAUUUUUGUGAAAAUGACUUUUUAUUUCUUGGAGUGGGUUCUCCCUAAAUUUGUGCAUUUAAAUCAAUAUUUUCAAGGAGAUGAAGUUUUGAUUACAACAAUUCAUAAAAAAAUGUGCGCCACUAAAAAAUUUAUUAUGUUGCUACACGGAGAGAAUUAUCUCUUAAAAUUUACCCUGAAAAUCAUGGUAAUGGUGAGACAACGUAAACCUUCCUACGAUGUUCGGGUCUUUUUUGACACGUCAACUUUUUGACACGUUACUUUUUUUAUAACUUCUAUUAUUGAUUGUUGUCACAAUCGGUUUUUUUUCACUAAAGUCUGUGAAAAUGUUAUAAAAUAAAAAUCACGAAGUCUUUUACUUCUAUUUAGAGUAUUAGUAUUAAAAAAUUGGUAUAAAUUUAAAAAAUUCUGUGGGUAAGUCGAAAAAGAUCCGAACACUGUAAAAAGGUUAAAUAUAUUUCAGUAGUCAACAUGCAAGCAAGAUAGCGUAGUGAGUGAGGCCCGAUUGCGCACAUAAGCGAUUGGACAUAGUAGUAUUUCCCGAUUGGACACGGACCCGAUUGGACACGGACUCGAUUGCAAAUGGACUUGAUUGCACACCGACCCAAUUGCUCACGGACUUGAUUGGACACGGACCCGUUUGCACACGGACCCGAUUGCACACGAUAUGAUUCCGCAUUGCAGAUAUGCAGUUUGCGACUAUAAAAUAUGUACAAGAAACAAAAAUAUAAUAAAUAUUUUGUAUGUAUUUUUAUGUCUGAGUUU